UCCGAGAGAAGUUCCCCAAAAAUGGCAGGCAUCCUCGCUCGCGCCGGCGCCACCGCCGGCCUCCGGCGGCAUCAACAAGAAACCAGCUGGGGAGGCCGUCGGCGCCGUCUCAGCAGUGCGGUCGUCGUCGCGGCCGUGACCGGGGCCGCGCCGCAGGAGGGAGCGCUGGAGCGGCCAGCGUGGUCCGGGGAGACCCCGGUGUCGCGGCUCGUCGCCGCUCUCAUCGCCUUCAAGCCGCUCUACUCCCUCAUGAAACUCGCCUCCCGCGAGGUCAUCAUCAGGACGGCGGAGAAGUCCAACAUCCCGUGGAGGGAGAUGACGAAGAAGGUGCUGGAGUCGGACGUGUACGAGGUGUUCGAGAGAAUAAGAGACCCCAACAUCGUCUACCCUGACUAUUAUUUGAGCCCAUUCCACGCCUAUGACGAGGGGAACCUAUCAUGGCUGGCUGCAGCUGAGGCCGAGGCUGCAACCUUUUCGAUUGCAAAGAGGGCUAUACCGGAGGCUACUUCGAUCCAAGAAGCAAACAAUAUAGUCCGCGGAAACUGGAUGAAUGCGAUUGAGGAGCAUCACCUCAAGUACUCGGGGAGGAACUGUCAGAUCAAUGACAUUUUGGACAUUGGCUGCUCUGUUGGAGUAAGCACCAGAUACCUGGCUGAGAGGUUCCCUUCGGCUAAAGCUGUUGGACUAGAUCUAUCACCCUACUUCCUCGCCGUUGCAGCACAAAAGGAAGAACAGCUGUCUCGGCAAAAUCCUAUUCGUUGGGUUCAUGCAAACGGCGAAGCAACUGGGUUGCCCUCGGAUUCAUUUGAUGUUGUCUCCCUUGCAUAUGUGUGCCACGAGUGUCCAGCACGAGCAAUAAUCGGAUUAGCGAAGGAAGCAUUCAGACUACUUCGCCCAGGAGGGACCAUCGCUUUAACAGAUAACUCACCAAAAUCGAAAGUACUUCAGGAACUAUCACCCGUUUUGUUCACUCUGAUGAAGAGCACUGAACCAUUUCUUGAUGAGUACUACAUGCUGGAUUUGGAGGAAGCGCUGAGCCAAGCCGGCUUCGUCAAUGUCCAUUCCAUUCUGACAGACCCCAGGCAUAGAACAGUCACUGCUACUGUGCCCUACUGACUGGAUUUCGAAUGGAGUCUGCCCGAUCACUAUGUUUUGCAAAAGCAAAAUUUUGUGACCUCUUUAUUCAAUACUUGGCUAGUAGAAACAGACAAAAAUACUUAGUGGCUUGUACAACUGUCCUUGUAUGAUGAACUGAAGGGCCUACCACUACUUCAGUUGCAUACUUAUAUGGAUUGAUCAAUGCUAGGGCCAGCUUGUUAAUUAGCUGGUUAACCCCUUAA